UUCUAUAUUGACAUUUCAUUGACAUUUGUUACGCAGUUCGUCUGAACGCUGGUGUUGUUAAAGAGAACUAAGUAUUCAUUUAAUACAAUGCGUACGUUGAAAGGUUUUUUACAGUUUCUUCUUGCAUUGAAGUAUUUGGAUAUGGUUUUCAUUCAUGAUUCACCUAUACCAACGCUAAUAUUUAAAUGAAUGGAGACGGUUGAACGGUUGCAAAUGUUACACAGAAAAAAACACAAUUAUUGUCAACACCUGUAAAAAUUGAAACUUAUUCUAAGGAUGAGCGUUCAAGAAAAAAAUAAUGAUGGAAACUGUGAUUUGAAUGAGUGGACCAUUCUAAGCGAUAUAUAUCAAAUAUUGGUUGACGCAAACGUGUUAAAUCCCAAGCCUACAGCAACAUUAGUAAAUUUCAAAUUUCCCGAUGAAAUAAUGAAUCUAAUUGAUCUAAGCGUGCCUAAAGAAGGCACUACACCAGAAAAUAUUCGGAAGAUAUGUGAAACAGUGAUAAAAUAUUCGUUGAAAACAUCUCAUCCCCAUUUUCAUAACCAACUGUUUGGUGCAGUCGAUCCGUACGGCCUCUCUGCCGCUUGGAUAACUGAUGCUCUCAACACCAGCCAGUACACGUUCGAAGUUGCACCCGUUUUCACUAUCAUGGAAAAUGAGGUGAUUCAAAGCUGUUGCAAAUAUUUUGGUUAUGAACGUGGUGAUGGAAUUUUUACACCUGGGGGUUCAAUAUCGAACAUGUAUGGGAUGGUUUUGGCACGAUAUAAAUCAGUGCCAAAUGUCAAAACUGCAGGAUGUUUCGGUUUAAAGCCAUUGGUAGCAUUCACUUCUGACCAGUCACAUUACAGCAUUCAAAAGGCAGUUCAUUGGCUCGGAAUUGGAACGGAUAAUUUGAUAAGAGUAAAGUCCAAUGAGAUCGGUUGUAUGUUGGUCAAAGACUUAGAAGAAAACAUUGAACGUGUAAUUAGAAGUAAUCGUCUGCCAUUUUUUGUCAACGCUACAGCAGGCACCACAGUAUUAGGCGCCUUUGAUGACCUGGAACAAAUUGCUAUCGUAUGCGAAAAAUAUAAUUUGUGGCUGCACGUUGAUUGCUGCCUGGGUGGAAGCAUUAUUUUUUCACAUAAACACAAAUAUCUCUUGAAGGGAAUAAAUCGAUCUAACUCGCUGUCAUGGAAUCCCCAUAAAUCACUUGGCGUACCAUUGCAGUGUUCAAUGUUUCUCGUGAAAGAACAUGGAUUAUUAACUGAAUGUAAUUCAGCAGCGGCAACUUAUCUGUUCCAACAAGACAAGUUUUAUGAUGUUUCUUAUGAUACAGGAGACAAAAGCAUACAGUGCGGUCGAAAAGUGGACGUAUUCAAAUUCUGGCUGAUGCUGAAAGCUCGUGGAACAACAGGUUUUGAGCGUUUAAUCGACAAUUCGAUGGAAAAGGCACAAUAUUUAACACAACAAAUUUCAGAGCGAGCUGCAUUCCGUUUGGUAUUACGCAGCUUUCAAUAUACAAAUGUUUCCUUCUGGUACAUUCCAUCGCACUUGCGAUCGAAAAGUGAAAAUGAAAGCUGGUGGAAUGAACUCUAUAGAACUGUUCCAAUAAUAAAACAGAACAUGGUCAGAGGAGGAUCGAUUAUGGUUAAUUACGCUCCUCUGCCGUCGAAAAAUAUUGGAAACUUUUUUCGAAUGACUUUAACCUGUUUCCCUCCCCCGACUGAAACUUCAAUCGACUACCUGCUUGAUGAGAUCGAAAGAAUUGCAAAAUUAUCUGAAAAUUUAUAUUAUGGGACGGGCAUGCUCAAUAUGAGCUACAAUAAUACUGAUAAAAUACAUGACACAAUGCAUGGCGCAUGAUGAUGACAUGCAUUCAAUAUCUUCUGAGUAAGUAAUAUUCAGAACUUAUGGAAAAUUUUGGAUGGCACAAAUUGUUGAUUAAUUUUGAUUGCUUUGAAAGGCAAAACAAGGGAUCAAUUAGCAGUUUUUAUCAUGUUCAUGUUUUGUUUAAUUAUAUUUUUUUUAAAUCCUUUUACUUUUUUGUUUAUUUUCUAUUCUGUAAAUAUUCAUUAAACUGGCAGUUAAAUGAUGUAAAA